AUGUUGUUCAGUCCUACAGUUGUCCUGGUUGGUGCGCUUUCUGCAGCCUUCUUGGUGGUGCGCUACUUCGUCCAGCUACAUCACCACCGUACACAAGCCAAGGCCCUACACUGCCAGCCUGCCCGUUCAGGCUCCUCAGCCUUCUUCGGUAUUCCAGGGUUUAUUCGGUUGACCAAGGCUGUCCACGAAAAGCGCUGGAUCGAGCAUCUCUACGACGAAUAUACUGUCUAUGGAAAUACCUACAAACAGACAUUCCUCUCCCGCAAUAUUAUAACCACCAGGGAGCCCGAAAAUGUCAAGGCAAUCCUGGCAACCCAAUUCAAAGAUUUUUCUCUUGGAACAAGACAUCAACAAUUCUACCCACUCCUGGGUGAUGGCAUCUUCACCCUCGAUGGUGCUGGGUGGUCGCAUGCGCGCGGAUUACUGCGCCCGCAGUUCACCAGGGACCAGGUCGCCGAUAUUUCCAUGCUGGAUGACCAUAUCUCCAAUUUAAUCGACCUUAUCCCCAAGGAUAGAAGCAGUUUCGACAUCCAACGUUUGUUUUUCCUGUUGACCCUGGACUCGGCAACGCAUUUCCUAUUUGGGGAAUCGGUCGGCUGCAUGCUUCCCCCUUCUGGAAAGAUAGGCGUACUGGAAAAAUGCGCCGUUGGUAGCGCACAGGGUUUCGCCAAUGCCUUUGGAACCGCUCAGGAUUAUCUCGCUGCGCGAACUCGCGCCCAGGGAAUGUAUUGGGUUGUCAAUCCCAAGGAGUUCCGUGAGGCAAGUCGGCAGGUGCACGAAGUCGUCGAUCAUUAUGUCAAUCUCGCUCUGGAGUCGAAACGUAACCCCGAAAAGAAGAACGUCGACGGUCGGUAUAUCUUCCUCGAAGCACUGGCGGCCGACAGCGAUGACCCCAAGAUCCUGCGCGAUAAUAUGCUCAAUAUUCUAUUGGCUGGUCGCGAUACCACGGCUAGUCUCCUGAGCUCGACUUUCUUCUAUCUUUCCCGUCACCCCAAUGUGUGGAGCCGACUGCGUCGUGAGAUUGUGGAAAUCUUCGGAGACGCAAAGAACCCACGGUCGGAAAUGACUCAGACCAAGUUGAAAGAUAUCCCUUAUCUGCGAUAUGUGUUGAAUGAAGUCCUUCGUCUCCAGCCUCCUGUGCCUAUGAACUUCCGCGUUGCAACCAAAGAUACCUCCCUACCGGUCGGCGGUGGUGCGGACUACCAAUCCCCGGUUUAUAUCAAAAAGGGUACGAUGGUUGCCUACAGCGUCUACGCUAUGCACCGCCGGACGGAUCUAUGGGGUAAGGAUGCGACUUCCUUCCGGCCGGAGCGCUGGGAGGAAAAUGCUAAGCAUGGCUGGGAAUACCUGCCUUUCAAUGGUGGGCCGCGUAUCUGUCUUGGUCAACAAUAUGCUCUCACUGAGGCAAGCUACACCGUCGUUCGUCUGAUGCAGCACUUCGAUACGCUCGAAAAUGCGGACACCCAUCCUCGUCAGGAGCCUAUUAAACUAUCCAAUCUGACGAUGUCGCAUUAUUUCGGAGUGCCUAUUCGCUUGUACUCUUCGGAUAUGAUUUAG